GCGGGUCCGAGCGGCGGACCGAGAAGGACCGAGACCAAAGCUUUGAUCGACUUCCAGCAGAGACCAGACCAUGGAGGACCUCGCUGGUCCGCCAGGACGGCGAAGGCCGGUCUGGGCACGAGACGACCCCCAGCUGAGCGGGUCGUCCUCCCCCUGGUGGAGAACAUUCCGAUCCAUCCUUCCUCCCCCUCCCCUCCUCCUCCUCCUCAUCCUCCACUUCUUCUUCUUCUACACUCGGAGUGAGUGAGAGUGAGAGAGAGAGAACGUGGGAAAGAAAAUGGUCCAGAAGUCGCUCCUCGCCGCCCUCCUCGUCCUGCAGGCCGUGGCCACGCCCCACUUCUUGGCUCACCACGGGAGGAGGGUGUGUGGUAGCCGCGACCCCCACCAUCACGUUGUCACGGCAACCGAGUCGUACAUCCUCCCUCUGCACAGGCCCUACAUCACCGUGUGCCAGGGUCAGCGCCUGUGCAGCACGUACAAGACCGUGUACACACUCGCGUACCGGCAGGUGAGCAGGGUGGCGUCUGUGUCCAAUUAUUACCCAGAAUGCUGUCCGGGAUGGCGACGCUUUCACUCCCUCAACUGUAACCAAGCUGUGUGCGAUCACACCUGUGUGAACGGAGGCGCGUGCCUCAGACCCGACCAGUGUGCAUGUCCGCCCGGAUGGACGGGACACCGGUGCCAGACAGAUGUGGACGAGUGCGUCCGGCAGCGUCCUUGCGUUCAGCAGUGCGUCAACACGGCGGGGAGCUUCCGAUGCGCCUGCAGGGCCGGCUUCGACCUGUCCGCGGACGGUCGCUCCUGUCACCGCCCGGGCCCCGCCUCCAGCGAUGCUCCGACAACAGGCGGACGCUUCAGCCUUCAGGGUAACGUGUCGGAGGAGGUGCGGAGCCUGAGGAGCCGGGUGGAGCUUCUGGAAAAGACGCUGCAGUUGGCGCUGGCACCGUACGGCAGCGUCUUCCCCCUGUCGCUGGAUGAGGGCGCGUCCGAGACCAGCGUGCUGUCCCACUCCUUCCAGCAGCUGGACCGCAUCGACUCCCUCAGUGAGCAGAUCGGCUUCCUGGAGGAGCGCCUGGGAACCUGCUCUUGCCAGGAAAACUAGUGGCGAAGAAACAAACAUGGCCGACCAACCCUCGCAUAAAGAAGUGGUACUCACCAACAUGGCCGACCAACCCUCACAUAAAGAAGUGGUACUCACCAACAUGGCGAGCCGUCACAUUGGUCGCACAAAGCAGACGGGAUGUUCCCGACAGGUCCUUCAUGCUGUUACAAAGUCUUGUUACGUUACGUUACACACAUCAUCAACACCUGUAAGAGGUGAACUAUCAGUGCAGCUGUGUGUCCUCACACCUGGACAUAUCUGUAUUUAUUAUUUAAAAUUACAACCAGUUAUUUCUCAAUACAUUUUUUUAAAAAUAAUUUUGUAACAUUUUGUAAUAAA